GGAGAAAUAAUAUUCCAAAUGGCUCUCCCUAGUUUUCAUUUUAUGCAGACCUGAAAAAACUAUAAAAAGGUAAGGUAGAGAAGAGAGGACAGUAGUGGGAUCGAAUCGCCAAAAGCAAAAGCCCUAGCCCUCCUUUUAACACCGAGCCAGAGCGAGAAUUGAGCUCUUUGCUCACUCGCUCGCUCUGGCUUUUCAAUUCAUCAAUUGCCCACUCUUACAUGCUUCCAUGCCAUGUCGAAAAAGGUUCUUUGCAAGUUCUUUGUACAUGGUGCAUGUCUGAAAGGGGAGUACUGUGAGUUCUCGCAUGAUUGGAAAGAUCCUCCAAAUAAUGUAUGCACAUACUACCAAAAAGGAUUAUGUGCCUAUGGCAGCAGGUGUAGAUAUGAACAUGUUAAAGUUUCUGAACAACCUUCACUUCCAUCUUCGUCAGCUCCAGCUCAACAUCUGCUCUCAGCUUCUCCUCCCACCACUAUCUCUCCUGGAAUGCUAGCAGAUGGUCCAGGACUUCUGUCAGGCAUUUCUUCCGAGUAUUUGGCUUCAGGUGGACCUUUUUACCUUCCCAAUCGACCUGUAUGGAGUGAAAAUUCAGGGCGUCAUGAUGUGGCAGAGAUUGAUAACAUUAUCGAGUUGAAGAUAAUUAAUCCAGCUGAUCGAUCAAUUUGCUCUUUUGCUGUUGCUGGUAAUUGUCCACGGGGAAAAAACUGUCCUUAUAUUCAUGGAGAUCUGUGUACAAUCUGUGCGAAGCAUUGCUUGCAUCCUUUCCGGCCUCAAGAAAGAGAGGAGCAUAUACAAACAUGUGAGAAGAGGCAAAAGCACCUUGAUUUACUGAAGCAUAGUCAAGAAAUAGAGUGCACUGUGUGUCUUGAACGUGUACUCUCUAAGGCAACUGCAGCAGAGCGGAAGUUUGGGAUCCUUUCUGAGUGUGAUCAUCCAUUUUGUAUAUCAUGUAUCAGGAAUUGGCGUAGUGGUUCUCCUUCGUCUGGGAUUGAUAUCAACUCUACAUUUAGGACCUGCCCUAUAUGCCGGAAGCUUUCAUAUUUUGUCAUUCCAAGUGUCAUUUGGUACUCCACAAAAGAAGAAAAGCAAGAUAUCCUUGACAGCUACAAAGCCAAACUCAGGUCUAUUGACUGCAAGCAUUUUGACUUUGGCAAUGGGACUUGCCCAUUUGGAACUAGUUGUUUCUACAAGCAUCAAUACCGUGAUGGCCGUCUGGAGGAAGUGGUACUGCGUCAUCUUGAUCAUGAAGAAGGAGGCACAGUGAUUGCUAAAAAUAUUAGGCUCUCGGACUUCCUAAGCAAUUUGAGAAUAAGGUGAACAGUGAAUAUGCUUAUAGUGGUUUCAGGGGUUGAAGUCGGAAACAACUUAUAUUUCUUCCAAGUGGUUACAAGAUUUAUUGCAUUUUGUGAGAUUCUUUCAGACGAGACUCUUUUCCCUAAGUAACUCUCAAUUUAGGACUAGCAUCGGACCUUCAAUGAAGUUCACUGAUCUUGUCUAGGAUUGGACAAUAGCCGAGCUGAAGCCUCUUUUUAGACGAGAUGCUUUUCCUAAAGAAGCUCUCCAGCUAGUAUUAGCAUCCGUCCAAGGAAAACACUGCAAGUUAGCUGAUGUUGUCUAGGUCUGGGCACUGCUCGACGCAACUCUGCUUGCAUGUGUUUUAGCUAUACUUGUUUUACAAAAAGUUGGGCAAAGUUCAGGUCAGUUACUAUCAAAACUCGGCUCAGCCAAAGCUUGGUUCAAGCUCGGCUCAGUCAGAGCUUGAUUCGGCUUGACUUGCUCAACUCGAACAAUUCGGUUGAGUUGUGUAAUUAAUACUUUAAAAUAAAAGUUUAAGCUCUAGUAUUAUAUAGACUUAACCAAUUUAGAUUUUAAAUUGUUAGUAAUACCAAGUACAGUACUAUAAUUUUUAUGAAAUAGUAGUAAUUAAUAAUUCAGAAAAGGGUCAAAAAUGCCCUUAACAUAUUAUUAAUGGCUCAAAAAUGCUCUUCUUCCACCUAAUGGAUCAAAAUUGUCUCUCCUUCCACCUAUUUGGAUAAAAGAAGCCCUUAACGUUAAAUUUAAGUCUAAGAUUGCCCCUCCUUUUAACAGAAGCUGAUGUGGAAUAUAUAAUUUUUUAAAUUAAAUAUGUGGCAUUAUUUUUAUUGGUCUACUUGUAAUUAGACC